UGCCGUUGAUUCCAUGGUCGCCCUCCUUGAUUCCUUAAUUAGUCCUUUUUUGGGUUUUAUUAGGGUUUCAUUUUCUUUUUUCAACCUGUAAAAACGAAAAAAUCGUUUCUUCUCUUUUAUUUUUUCCUUCCGUUUAAUCCAAACUCCAAACAGGUGCAGAGAUCGUGUCGCUCUCGUGUAAAUUUUAAAAUACAAUCUGAGUGUGCUGGCCAUUGGCUACUUGUCAGCUAAACUAGAAUCUUAUGGAGCUUGAUAAUACUAAGGAGACUAAUGGAACCACGCCUAGGAAAAGAGAAAAUGGUCUUCGUCUUAGGCCUGUCUUGCCAGACGCAUCUGGUGUAGGCUUGCCAUAUGCUCCUGUUGAUUGGCCUAAGAAGGGUGAUGUAUGGACUUGGAAGGUGGGGAGAAGAGUUGCCAUCACUGGUCAUUUCUUGGAUAGGUACUUGUAUCCUCCAAAGCGCCUCCACAAUCUUCUGAACUCAGGCAGGAAACGUGGUCUUGCUAGCAAGCUUUCAGUUGAGCGGUAUGUCCAAAUGGCAUUCCCUGAUGCAGACAUUAAUGCCUUUUUUGCUUCCUUCAUCUGGAAGAUCCCUGCGAAAAAGCAUUCGUUGACAAAUGUGGCACGGGCGAUCUUUGUUGCCCCUUCUGAAGAGUUAGCUGACCUUUCAGUUACAGAACCCCAGUAUGAUGGUUUGACUUGUAAGGCUGGAAAUAAGAAGUGCAACAGUUUAUUUGCUGAAUCAGAAAGCUCUUCUUUGGUUCCCUUGCCUUGUGAUCUUUGCUGCGAUGAACCUCACUUCUGCCAUGACUGCUGCUGUAUUCUGUGUAGCAAGACUAUUGACUUGAAUUAUGGAGGUUAUAGUUAUAUCAAAUGUGAAGCAAUGGUGGAUGGUUGUGUAUGUGGGCAUGUUGCUCAUCUGAACUGUGCUCUUCGCUGUUACAUGGCUGGGACAGUUGGAGGUAGCAUUGGGCUGGAUGCUGAGUAUUAUUGCCGACGUUGUGAUGCAAAGACAUGUCUGGUUCCACAUGUGACAAGGCUUUUAAAAACCUGUGAAUCCAUAGAUUCUCCUGAUGACAUUGAGAAGAUUUUGAACAUUGGUGUCUGUAUUUUACGUGGUUCACAGAAGACCAAUGCAAGGGUCUUACUGAACCAUAUUGAUUCAGCUAUCACAAAGCUUAAAUGUGGGACUUCUCUUGGAGAUAUCUGGAAAGUGAAAGAAAUUGAUUCCGCUAUUUCAGCAGGUGUCCUCCAUAAUGGAAUAGAAGAGCUCGAACCAUCAAACCAUCAGGACUCUCUAGAUAGUGGACCAUGUUUGGUGUCAGUUCUAUCAAUAUCUUCUGAUUAUCAGAGUGAAUACCAAAAACUUGAAUAUGAGAUUGAUCAGGUUCUUCAGGCUCUGAGAAAGGCUCAGGAGUCUGAAUAUAAAAUUGCAGAAGAAAGGCUUGAUGCUCAGAAGAAUUAUCUUCGCAAUCUUUAUGAGCAACUGGACAAGGAGAAAUCUGAACUGUCAAGUCGGGCAUCGGGAACUGAAGCAGAUGCAUUGCUGAAUGCUAUCUUGAACAGAGUGGAUCAGAUAAAACAAGAAGUCAUGAAACUCAAAGAAAUGGAAGAAGUGGCCAAUGGAUUUGGAAGGACUCCUAAAGGUACACUGAAGAAACACUUUGGUUUGGAAAUUGAGGACUAAAGUUUCUGCAUAACAAUGGGUUAAUUUGUCCACUGUACAACAAAUUUUGCUUUGAACUGUAAAUCGUCCUUUGAACGGAUUACCUUGCAUCUUUGACCCUGAAGUUGCAUAGUGCAAAAUAGGUCAAACCAUGCACCCCAAAAAUUGCGGUUCCUCUCUCCAAGGGGAUUGAGAGAAGGCAUGCGAAGGCUGUUAAAGAAGGAAUGGUGCAUUAUAAAAAUUGGAAUUGAACUCAGCCCCUAGGGCAAGUUAUGAUCUUAUGUGGUCGGUUUUAUCAGUUUACUCAGUUUUUUCCUAAGUGUCCUAUAUUUCAUUGAUCACUGAUGAAAUUGCAUAGAGAAAAUAUGUUACGAAGCUCGACUGUUAGCAGAGAGGAAGUUGUGGUUCUAGAUCAUCCACUCUGGUUUAUCCAAUCACUGGUUUUGUGUUUUGAAUUCGUAGCCAGAUUUGGUGGAACUGCUGUUAGAGAAACUACUAAAAAUCAUGUGAGUUGGAGUAUGUUGUGUGCCAUUAGGGCUUUGUGAUUGGAUAUAAUGUUUUUUGACACUGGAAUUCUUUUUUUUAUUAUUUUAAUUUUCUCAGUAAGAAAAAGGCAGUCUUGUGCAGAGAUUUUCUGUUAUUUCUCGUGGCUAGGUUUAAUGUGAAAUAGAAAUUGAAA